UACUCUCCCUUUCUUCUGCAACCAAACCCCACCUCUCUUUCUCUCUCUCUCUCUCUCAAAUUCUAUCUUUUCUUUCUCUCUCAAACAAUAUUUAACGGUGCUGAUUAAAGAAUGAACAUGGACUACAGUAGUGACGCAAACACCACCACCAUCACCACCACUUCAUCUUUAUCUCCUUCUUCCUCGUCAUCUCCUCCUCCUCCUCAUCCUCCUCCUCCUUCUUCUCCUCCUUCUCCGCCACCUGUUGUCGUUAGCCCAUGCGCGGCUUGCAAAAUCUUGCGGCGGAGAUGCGCCGAUAAAUGCGUCUUAGCUCCAUAUUUCCCUCCCACUGAACCAACCAAGUUUACCAUUGCUCAUCGUGUCUUUGGAGCUAGUAAUAUCAUCAAGUUGUUGCAGGAACUCCCAGAGUCCCAAAGAGCCGAUGCAGUGACCAGCAUGGUGUACGAGGCCGGCGCAAGAAUCAGAGACCCAGUUUACGGAUGUGCCGGGGCGAUUUGCCAGCUCCAGAAACAAGUGAACGAGCUUCAAGCUCAGUUAGCCAAAGCACAAGCUGAGGUAGUGAAUAUGCAGUGCCAACACGCCAAUUUGGUUGCUCUAAUAUGCAUGGAAAUGGCACAGUCUCAACAGGGUUUGCCUCAACAAACGCUGGCCGACAGUUUUAUUGCUACUAGUCCUCACAGCAACCAAACCAAUAUGGGUUUUCUUGAAGAUAACAACAACAACAAUAUUGGUCCAUUAUGGGAAACCCUUUGGACAUGAAUAUUAAAAAAAAAUUAAAAAAAAAAAAACGAAAAAGAAAAAAGAGUAGCUGUAAUAGCAUAGGCAUAAAUUAAGGGGAAAAAAAAGUUCAAAAAGUUCCAAUGAAAUUCUCCUAAGGAGAAGUUGAAGGACAUGAAAUUAAUAAAUAUCUUUUAAUUUCACCUAGAUAAAGUAGGAAUUAACUAGCUACCUAGCUAGAUCUAAUAUAUAUACAGUGCAUGUAUGAAGAAAAUGGAAGGACAAGGAGAGUUACAAAUCUAAUUAAUCACUUUGUUAAAGUUAAACAAAGUUGAUUGCUGUUUUUUUUCCCUUUUUUCCUUCCAUGUAAUUUUCAAUUGUUGGAGAGAAUUAUAAGGUGUUUUUGUUUUCAAGUC